AAAAACAUACCGUAUAAAGAAAUGACAAUUCAAACACUGUUCGAGUAAAGAAGAAUAUAAGUGAUGAGACGGUCUUACCUACUCGUCUAUGGAAGUGGAUUCGCCCGGCUCGUUGGUGUUCGCGAAAGUUGUUGCUGCUCUAAGAAACGCAUCUACUACGACGUGUUGCUCAGCAACAACAGAAGUGGCCAGGGAAAACCCACUACGAAUCCAAUGCAGGAUGAGCCACGUGUGUGGCAGGGAUGUAUCUGACAAAGAAAAGAUCUUGACUGUUUUCAGCAAGCAGUUAAAAAUCAAAGAUAAAAAUCCUUGCUCAGUGAACAGAUUCACUACAGACUGCAACUGUUUAAACCAUUACAGUAAGAUCGAUGUGCAGCACAAAAUUAAACGACUGAAGAGCCGCAAGGAGAGGAGUCGGAUGAGAGCUGGUGGGAAAGAAGCCUCAAAGUCCAAAUCACAUCACCAUCCUCACUGCCAUAGCCAAAUAAGCAAAGACAUGACAUAUUUCCAGAACUGCUGUCCUUGUGCUACAAGGACAAAUGCACUGUUUCCAAAUGUCAUUCCUGUUGCACAAGAGCCCAGUAGAAUCACGGACAGUCGCCUGAUAGGUCACCAUGGCCUGUUCAACCAUGAAGUGAAGUCUAUCGACAUAGAACGCUUGUUAAGUGAGCAGAGGAAACUAGGGGAAAGUAGACAGCAAGGACGAGAAAAGAACAAUUCUACUUUACAUCCAUCUUCAACAUCUCACGUUCCUUCUCCGUUCUUCACUAACGAUUUACUGGGUGCUGGUACUGCUGAAGUUCUGCCAUUUGAAAAUAACUCUGCUCAUGAUUGCCAGAAGAAAGAGGAGAAAAUCAGUCAAGGAUCAGAUAUUACACCAGGUCAGAGACCACAGAAACCGAUUGAUCUUUCAUCUGAACAUUUUAAAAGCAUCUUGUCAUUUAAACACAGCUCCUGCGAUGUAGAGAUAAUCAAGAGCAAGAAGACAAAACCUCUCAUGUCUGAAAAGGUCAGAGAGUCACUGCUGACUCCCCCUGUUGUCAAAGAACAUGUGAAGACAUUAAACAGGAAGGCAAAGGGAGACAUGAUUGCUACUGUGGAGCACACCUCAAAGAACCAGGAGUCUCCGGACCACCAAACGCAAGCUCAGGGUCUCAGCCCAAGCCCAGUUCAGCUCUCCAGCUCGCACACUGUUGACAGUUUUGACACACAGCAGAGAAGCAAAGAUGCUCGCUGUGCAUCUAAGUCUGUUAGCGUAGUGGCAGCAAGUUUGUGUGACUGUCUGCAGUUCCCACUUCUGAGGAGAAGAAACCUGGUGGCAGAGAGCAGGGAGGUGCUGUUGAAAGCUCUACGGGAGAGGCAUGGACCCCAGCUUCAGGAGAACCUCCUUGAGGUGCAGCGAGGCCUCGGUUUUGGUUUUGAGCCAACAAAGAAAGUCCAGGUUCAGGAGCCAACUAUGAUGGAUGUGCUCUUGCAUCCAGGUGCAAUGACAUUUCAAGCCGACACGGCGAGUCAGCCAUGUUUCGAUAACCAGAAAACCACAUCUUUCAACAUGACGGGCAGUAGACCUUUUAACUGGAAGUCCAGGCCACAGCCACACCAACACCUGGAGCAGACUGCUGAAUGGUCCACAAGCCCUGUGGAAGAUAUCAGCCGUGUGGAUGAUGUCCUCAGACCUACUUACGCUCCUGAGUUCUGCAUGGACUUUGAGCCCUUUGGAGGUACAACCAGUGGUCAUUUGUUCUCUCCCACCUCAUGCUGGGAAGAAAAAACAUCAGUAUCUCAGCACUGUGAAGACCAUUUCAACAAGCCAAAGAACAACCAGGCUGUUAUGUUUGAUCCCUUUGAGAACAGCUUUAUGAACCACACCAGAGCAGCUCCAGAGAGGAGCAGUGGGUCUCAAUACAGUAGCAGAAACAUCCAUCCUUUCUUUCCUUAUCCAACACAGCUGACAGAUAGACACUCCGCAGAGCCAAUGCACUUUCCCCAGGAGAAAGACCCGUUUGAAACUGACAGAUACUCUAAUGUUCCCUCCUUCUCUGCUCAUAUUCAACAUCCUCUGCAGAGCUUCCAACCUUUCAGCCAAUUCAGUCAUCCUUCAACUUGCCCUCCCCUCUGGUCCCACCACACUGACAUGGUACAUUACCCUCCAUCUCACACCCUUGAAAGAGACCCAGCAGCUCCCCUUUCUUCUUUCCCGAGCCCUGGACACUGGUCCUUCCCUCCUAUGAGACUGUACUAAUGUGUUUUGAAGCUCUGCAUAGAGACAUGCUUGUGAUCAUUUCUUUGGCUAGUUAAAAAAAACACAACGCUCUCUUAAUUCAUACCAUCAAGAUGUUUUGUUCAUAUGUUGUGUGUUCAUAUUUGACUAAAAACAAUAUUAAAUGUAACAGUAAUAGCUGACCUCUUUUUCUUUUGUCCUAUGUGCGGCUGAGAUGUAAAAACCCAUAAUUAUGUAUUGUUUGCAUCCUUGGAACAUUUUUUUAAUAUGCAGAACUGUACACACAUCUUCAACACAGGUGUUAUGAUGGGAAAUUCUUUACAGACCAAACAUUUUAACUAAGAAUGUGAUAUUUGAUAUUGUGUUGUGUAUGUGUGCCACAUUUAUAUGCAAUUCAACACAGUUGUACAGUUUGUGCAAUAAUUUAAAAGACAUGCAAAAUCCAACCGUGCUAAAUUCAUAAUUAAACUGGGCACAAGAUGUUGCUUUACUUUCUCAUCUAUGCUUGUAUGAAUUAUUAUUCUUACAAUUGAUCACAUUUACACCACAUUUAAUGACCCUCUCCCACAGCAGCAGAAAAUGUGAUUGUUCAUGUCACGUACUGAGAGGUUUAUCUUGACAAUCGCAAAUAAAUUGCCAAAUCUUUUUAAGGU